AUGAUCCCUGAAUUAACCGGAUUUCACCUUCCCGUUUUCAUGGCGGGAUGUCCGAUAACAUCGCAAAAACCGAUACAACAACGUCCGUGGCCUCCGAUAUACAGACAACAUUCUUCCUCCAGUCGAAACGGUUAUUUUUUCAGACAUCACGAAUCGCCGCAAUGGUUGGAUUAUCCGAGGUACGGCGGUGGCGGGUUCGGCAUCGGAGGUUACCGCGAAAAAGGACGGGAAUAUUAUUAUUUGGCACCGUUGUACAGGAACGCCAUGCCUCCGCCGCCGCAACCCACGAAAUUAUCACCCCCGAGACGGAUCAUGUUGUUGAAUCCGCAUCAGGGUAACAACAACGUUAAUAAAAAGUGUUACAACGAGUGUCCGUGUUGGCACCGUUCGAGGAGUUUGGAAGACGUUCGUUCGGAAAUGAAUUCCGAGUGGAGCGACGACGACGUUUCCGUGUUCAGGCACGACACGAAAAAAUCAGAGGAAAUGUUACCAAACGGAUAUGGACGCGGAGGACGUAUGUUUCUCGAUGAUUUUGCUCAUUUGGAUUCGAGGAGGAGGAGGAGAGGAAGGCCGCAGUUGAAAGGUCACGAAAAUCUCGGCGGCGGUGAAAUUUAUUGA